CUUUUUUUUGAGCUGAACAGAUAAAGUCACAAAGCUGCUCAAAGCUGGAACAAGCUGAAUUUUCCUUUUUCUUUUUUUUUUUGAGCCCAUGAACCAAUCCGCGUACUAUAAUCCUAAUUUCUACACGCCGGUGCUUCCAGCAGGCUGGGUAGAGUAUAAAGCACCUACUGGCCAGCCUUAUUGGUAUAAUACUUUGACAAGGCAAAGUACAUGGACAUUUCCUGUUCAAGCUGUUUCACCUCAAUCACAGCAACAAGAACAACCAAAAGAGAAAAAAAAGAAGCAGAUCAAAAAAAAGAUUCCAGGCACUCAUUGGUUAUUUGUUUUGACACAUGAUGGAUAUGAAUUCUAUUACGAUCGAGAAACCAAGACAUCCGUCUGGGAAAUGCCAAAGGAAUUAGAGGAACCAAUGAAGGAAUUGGAGAGAUUAGAGAAAGAAGAAAAAGAGCAAAAAGAAGAAGAAUCUAAAAAGCGUAAACUAGAACAAGAGCAAAAGGAAGAAGAAGAGACAAAAAAGAUAAAGAUGGAGCAAGAAGAAAAAGAGGAAGAAGAGGUGAAUGAAGAGAAGAAAGAAGAAGGCAAGGCUGAACCAACAGAGAUGACAGAAGAAGAUAUUAUGUGGCAACUAGAACAGAUGGAGGAGGAACCGGAAGAACAAACCGAGGAACAACCGGAAGAGCAACCAAAAGAAAUAAAGCAAGAGAAAGUGAAUGAGAUAUCAGAGGAAGAAAGGAUUAGACAAUUCUAUGAAUUAUUGAAAGAAAGGAAUAUUUCACCCUUUGCGGUUUAUAGUACAGAAUAUCCAAAGCUAAUGAGUGAUCCAAGAUUUGAGCUCGUACCCAAUAAUAAGCAAAAGACGCUCUUUAAUAAAUAUUGUCAUGAAUUAGGUGAAAAAUUAAAGAAUGAACAAAGGAAUAAAAAGAAACCAGAAGAAGAGUUUAGAGAAUUGCUUGAAUCCAAGGUGACAGAAAAGAUGUAUUUUGAUGAUUUUCGACGUAAAUGUAAAGACGACCCCAGAUUUAAAGUGAUUCCGAGUACAAGAGAAAGAGAGGCACUUUUUAAGGAUUAUGUGAAACAUCAUUUGAGUAAAAAGAAGAAGGACCCAGUAGGAGGAUACAUGAUGUUAUUACGGGAGACAAAGGAAAUUCGACCAGGAAUACGUUGGAGAGAUGCAAAGAAGAUACUUGAGAAAGAUGAAAGAUACCAUGCGAUUGAAUCUAAGCUUGAAAGAGAAGAUUUAUUUCGUGAUUACUUGGAAACACUUCAAUAAAGGACUUACCCUUAUAUAUAAUGAAACACUGUUGGCGGUUCAUUUGUAAACGUGACAGAAUGAUUUGACUUGCUUUUACGUGGUAUAACAUCCUUACUGUCAUUCUCUUUAUUGACUGCGGCUGGACAACUGUAGCGUAUCAGAUUGGAUUUCAAGUUUUGUUUUUCUUGUUCUUUUAUUAUUUCUUGUACAAGUAAGAAACUAUCACUCCUACGAUGUCUUUUAUAGCUUGGAGGUGAAGGUGGUGGUGAAAAGAUAGCAGACAUUUUUUAAAAAAGAUGAAAAAAGAAAGAAAGGAGAAAGAGAGAAAGAGAGAAGAGUGGGGAGGGGGGGGGCUUAAAAAGAUUUUUUUUUUUGAUUUAUCCAAAGAUUAACCGUCGAUCUUUUUUUCUUUAUUUCAAAUGUCGAUCAUUCCUUUAAAUAGUGUGUUUUAGGUUUAAAA